AUGAAAUUACUUGUACCCUUUCUUCUUCUCAUCCCCUUAGCCCUGUCGAGGCCUAAUCCAAUGAAUCUCUUCCGCCGUGGAGGACCUCUUGGCCCCGUAUUUGAAGACCUUGACGACAAACAAAAAGCUGAAUUCAAACAGAUCUGGAGGGACAACAAGGAUAAGCCUCGCAAGGCCAUGAAGACGGCUGUUGAUGAAUUCGUUAAGAAGUUGACCAAGGAACAACAGGUUGAAGUUGAGAAGAACAAGGCCAAAUAUGACAAAAGAAAGGAAAAAGAUGACGCCAAAGCCGAGAAGCUGAGCGAUGAAGCCAAAAAGUUGUACGAUGAUGCCAAAACGAUCAUGAAGAACGAUGACUUGACUUUCAGGUGAGGAAAAAGUUAAGAGCGCAGUAAAAUAAGGAGAGGCUUUUACUGUAGCACCUUUGCAUAAAAAAUCCAUUCUAGGGAAGCCUUCAAAGCCGUUCAAGAGUUAAUCCACUCGGCGAAACCCACAGUUCUGCAGGAAUUCAAGAAAAAUCACGUUCGCAUCCCCGGAGGCCGUCCAUUCCACGGAGGACCGUUGACUCCCAUCUACAACGAUCUGGAUGAGGCGAAACAAAAGGAGUUGAGCGAAAUAAUGGAGAAGAACUUUGACAAACCAAAGAAGGAGGGAAAGAAGGCCUUCGAAGAUUUUGUGAAGACUUUGCCCGAGGCGAUUCAAAAGAAAUACGCUGAAGCUGAGAAGAAACGCGAAGAACACAAAAAAGAAAAUGCCAAAAACGCUGAAAAGUUGUCCCCAAAAGCCAAGGAAUUGUUCGAUAAAAUUCAAGUGAGUGUCGCCAAGCUUUUCGAUAGGACCGAUCGCAAGGGUCAGAAGCUUCUGCAAAAUGUUUAUUUUGACGUUAAAUUGCGACUUUUUUAGUCCAUCAAACACAGUGACGACUUGACCCGCGCGCAAGUUCACGAUCAAGUCCAUGACGCCAUCUUGGAUGCCGAUAAGAAUGUUCUUACAGAAUUCCGCGAAAAGAAAGUUCAUCUAUUCGAUUUGGGCCCCCAUUUCUGCCCGGCCAAGGGAAGCGCAUCUGAUUCUGAACACAGCGAAUCUGAUGAUGAUGACAAACCUGAGCCGGAGGCUGAAGAAUAA